UCGAUAUACAUACAUACAUACUGAUACGUAAAUAUUGUUAAAAUAAAAGCUUAACGAAUUCAAAGUUCUAGUUUAGUACUGAAUGGUAUUUGAAGUUAGCACAAGAAAAAAACGUUGCGACUAAAUAAAGCCUAUCAAAAAUGAUAGUCGCUCUAGUGUUUCUUUUAGUAGCAGCCAUACCUAAAAGCACUGCUGACUCGGACAAAUACUGCCAGAGUGAUUCCUGUCCCGAUAGCCGACUCAAAAACGUCGGAUGUGGUUGCACGGCGGCAACUUAUGGACCGCAGUGUAAGGAUCGGAAUGCCCGCAAAACUAACCUAGAUGGCAGGUUGAAAACAUUUCUCCUGGACAAACACAAUACUGCACGCAGCUUGCUAGCGUGUGGAAGUGUGAAACCACAUCCAGCCGCCGCUAAAAUGAUUGAAUUGAACUGGAACGACGAGCUGGAAUUGCUGGCCGAUUGUAACACAAUGAAAUGCGUUUACGGUCACGAUCCGUGUCGCAGUACGGGCGAAUUCCCCUUUGCCGGGCAGAACAUUGCAUCCAAGCUGGUCUGUGGGAAAACGCCACUCGGCGUGGAGCAGAUGAUUGCGGACAGCGUGGACGUGUGGUUCCAGGAACACCGGAACACCACACCGAGUAUGACGGAUUCGUUCCCGCAGGGAAAAGUGCCCGGCGGUCCCAUCGGGCAUUUUACCCUGCUGGUCAACGACAUGGUCGAGCGCAUCGGGUGCAGUUACAUUACGUACCAGGAGCAGCAACAACGUGGCAAGAAGCGAACCUGUCAGAGGCACUAUCUGGUUUGCAAUUACUCGUACAGUAAUUUCGUCGGGGAGAAAACCUACACCAAGAGUCGCCAACACCCGGCCGAGCAGUGCUAUUUUCGUUCCAGUAAACACUCCUGUUUGUGCAGCAGCAGCAAAAGUAGUGGCAGCAACAGCAAAUAGCACUUCACCACUUCCAUCUUGGGUGCUCCAAGUGGGGCAAUGGGUACAUAGUUGCAAGCAACACUGAAUAAGGACAGACGACAAUCGAUACUGCAAUCAGGAUUAGGAUAUUUGUGCUAAGUGAAAGCAAAUAUAAGUGAGUGAGAGCAACAACUGGUAUGGAAUAAAAAAAAAUGUUACAUUAUCUUUCGAUUUGAGAAUAUGUACCAUUUCAAUUUAUCACUGGAACUUAUGUUUUGAAUCAAAAGACCUACGAUACUUUUUAAUUUGAAUGUUUCUUCGUUUGUAGGCAUUUCGAAAGUACCAGUAAUACAACAAGAAUUGGGUGGCCAGCCACCUAGCUUGAUAUUCAAAUGUAGGUAGCUUGAUUAACAAUGAAACAAAAUAUCUGGCAUAAAAAUGCGAUUGCCUUCACAUCAGCAAAACGCCCCCAACAUAAAUUCAAAAAGUUUAGCAAUUGAAGGCGAAGGUUGAAUAAUAGGCGUAAGACCUAAGAAGGAACAAACAAAAGCUAAAGAAAAUACCCAGCAUAAAGAACAACUUUGAUCUGAAAUAAAUUGUUUCGCGUUGAAUUCGUCUUAUUUCUUUUUUUUUACUGAAAAAGUUUACUCGGCCCUUGAAUUAAAAGAAAAACUGAAAAGUUACAUAACAAAAACAAUCAAAUUGUAUGCUGCCAUUCGAUACCGAACUAAAAAGUUUGAUUCAAUUAGAGGAAUGAAAUCCUUGACCAUAAAAAGAACCAGCUAAAAGGUACACCACCCUUCGCACUUGUUAAAUAAAAUUUGAAUAAUCCCAUCAGAGGAAAAAAAAAUCACCGUCAUAAACCAAAGGUCGGCUAACCCGAAUUAAAUUCGAAGAAAAUCCCUCCGCAAAAGUUCAAUCAGAUUCCAACGGAAAAGGUGUGGCUUGCAAACGACCAAAACUGGAUUCUAUUUAUUUUGGCCGUAACCUGAAGGGCGUCAUAAAAGUAAGUACACAAAAAGUCAUUCGCAUAAAAAACCAACCAAACUCUUUAAAUCAAAAAGUAGCUGUACCACCCAACGAUUUUCAAUUCCAUUUUCGCCGCCCCGUGGACAACGAAGGCCGCCCAUUUAACUGCCGCCGAUUCGGGAAAUGGGAAAAGUUACCCAUAUACAGGGAGCAACACAGCCAGCAAACAUUCUUCAAUGUACGCUUCCGAUCACUUGGGGUAUUUGGUCACGCUCGCACAUCAACAGGGGUGUUUCCAGCCAGACGCAUAUGGUCUAGCAGCCACAACAUGAUUUAAAUUUUCAAAACAUCUUUCAUAUCAAGUCACCACGUGGCGCUCUAGGCUCUGAGCAGUUUCAAGACUAGAUCAACAAAACGCAGUCAGAAGAAAAUAACAAAGGAGGAACAAAUUUUACCAUUAUAAUUUAAUAGCUGAAUGGCAAAAUUCAUUUGGGAAUAAGAGUUAAAAGAGCAAAACAAUAUCUGACUUUGAGCUGGCAAAUAAAUACAUAAAUAAUAACUAAUCCGGUCAUCAUAAAGAUACAAUAAGACCAAAUAUUUCAAUGCAGAAAAGUGGAAUGAUAUGAUUAUUAGCAAGCGAUUUAUCGAAAACAAAUCAAGAACAAAAUGAGCUAUUUUUACACAAAUAGCAUGUUAAUCCAUAUCCAUAGGACAGAUGCCCCGAACGCCCAGCCUUUUAUAAAUAGGACAGUCCUUUUGAUGUGCAUAUCUCCAGAAUUCCGGAGUAAUUCGCGAAUAGGGCGUAACUGACAAAGCAAUAACAUUGCGAAAACAACAACCGGAUUUUGCUGAUACAAUUUCAAUUCCUAUUUAGGAGUAAUUCAGAGUAAAUCAUCAUGAACAAGCAUAAAUGACACAAUUUCUGACAUAUUUUCUUGAUUUUCUAAUAAAACAGUAUGAAUUUGUUAAUUUUUGCACUUAAAAUUGCAUUUAUUUUAUUACGCCCGAAUUGAUGCCCCAUAAUGCUAAAUACGCCCAAUACUAUGCGCCUUAAAUCGAUACCAAUUUCAGAAUCGCCUUUGACUAUUCGUUUUUGAUUUUGACAGGAUUUCGCCGUUUGCUUUCUCCGUGUUUAUGUUUUGAUUUCAGAUUCGCCUUUCACUAUCGCCGUGUUUACGUUGUGAUUUCAGUUUCGCCUUUUACUUUUGUAAAUAAAUACACCAGGAGUGGAAGGCGUAAUUCUUGUUUUGUUUCGUCCGGAGCAGAAGAGAAUAGCAAAAUAAUAACUACGAAAUAACAUAACCUGUUUUUAUAUCUUGUUUUGUUAUUAUUAACUUAUCAAGGAAUUACUUUUACAUAACAUGUUUUGUUGGACAAUCUUAAUUUGUUAUUAUCCAGCUAUUGAUAUGCACCCAUUAAACAACAUUUAAAUAACAUGUUUUGUUAUGGAGCAAACUAAGUUAUUAUUGUUAUAUGGAGAGUGUAGAAAUAUUUGAUAAACAAUAUCACGACAAUAACAAGUUUUUAAAUUUUAAUUACAACAUUGGAGAUUUACGUUCUCUACAGCAUUCCGAACAUAAUUAUAAAAUUAUUCUAAUUAUUAUUCUUGUCAGCUUAAUAUUUUAUGAACACUUCGACAAUUAUGUCCUGUUUUUUUAUCAUUUUUUUGUAUCCAGUUACAUAUAGUCGUAUCCAUUCCGAUCAUACAUAUAGUCGUAUCCAUUCCAUAGAAAAUCUCAGAAUGUUGUAAUACUUGGUGAAUUAGUAGUUCCUCGGGAAUAGAUAGACUCAUAUGUUAUAAUAUAUAGAUAGCUCUAUCUAAAGGGUAGUCCAAAAAAUUUUGUUUUUGGUUUGUUAUCAAUAACUUUUGAAGAUCAAAAUUUGUUAUUGAAAUAUUUUCCAAAUUCAUUGUUAUUAAGUUGUUAUUGACACAAACAGAACAUGUUAUUAAAUUGGUCUUCCAGGAAUAUUUUUGUGUUAUGAUAUUUGUUAUUUUGCCGCUUAUGACACGCAAGUUUAUAACAUAAUAUGUUAUGUUAAUAACAUUAAAAUAACUGUUUUCAUUACUCAGUUAUUUUGCCAAAAUAACGCAUUUUGUUAUGCGAUUGUUAUUCUCUUCUGCUCGGGGUACGACACAGAAUGGAAUUAUACCUUCCACUGAACCCGUUAUUUUCAAUAGUUAGAAAAGUGAUACCAAGGAAAGUUUUUGAGUAUUUAGUAGGGAAAUCUAGUAUCUUUUCACUCUCAUAAUCACUUAAAUUGUGUACAUUUUGUCAGUUACGACCUUUUCGCAAAUUUCUCCGGAAUUAUGCAAAAUUUUAGAAUACUUUCUUCAGAGAAGAUGUUCUCCACAUCCAUACCUUGCUUAUAGUGGACAAAAUAGUUUGUGAUUGGUUCACUAGGUGGCAUAAACGAUGCUUCGAAGAAUACAUAUAGUCACAAACUAUGAGUUACAUUUCCAACUUAUAGUUCAUUUCUUCGGCAGAGUUGUUCAUCAAUACAUACAAAAGUCGAUGUAUGUAUGAUUGUAUGUUUAUAUGCUUGUAUGUUUAUAUGUUUGUAUGUUUGUCUAUUUGUAUGUAUAAAUGUGUGUACGUAUGUAUAUGUGUAUGCCGGAACAUAGGCAUAACUCUGGAAUGCGUCAAGAAAUUUCAAACAAGUUUGGCAUACACAUUUCUUAGGAUGUGGAGGUCGAAGUAGGGGUAUUGAAAUUCAAGAUGGCGGUUUAGGUUCCAAGAUGGCGGUCAAAACUCCAGAAUAUAUUCUUUCAACGGCAAUGCUGCUUCGGAUACUAUGCAACAUGGCCCAGCCAGCAAUUUGGUUGCUAUAUCGAAAUUGCAACUGAAAUAGUCACGCAUAUAUAGCACCAAAGAAAUCGUAUUCAAUGCACGAAACAGGCAUAUACAUACUAAUGUGGAGGCCAUAUCGAAACAUAUAUACGAUUUCUGCGAUUCCAUCCAACAUAAUUUACGAUUUCUCGAAAAAUUUCUACGAUUUUUCCGACUUUAUCCGUCUAAAUAUACGAUUAUGCAUGAUCUUAUUACGAUUGAGAGUACCAAUAUACGACUCAAGAUUUUCAAAUAAAAAAAAACAACUGGUGUUCGGUGGGAAUCGAACUUAGGUCCUUUGAUUGAGAACUGAGCGUUAUCUCUAUAGGCUAUAUUGCCAAGUUGAAAAUAGAGAGUUCAGAGUGAAUGGCAUGAAACGAAUAAAAAUUAGCAUGAUACGGUGCGAGACAUGUGGUUGGAGCGUUGUUGUUAUGCAUUGAGUGGCACCAAAAAUGGUACCCUGCAAAAGGCCUGGAAUUCACAUCGUUGUUGGAAUCUAUACAUCACCUAUUGUAAGUCAUCUGCUAGUAUGAAAACCUAUAUAUUUGGUUGAAAUUAUUGCUACCAUGGUUGGAAUGUGUCAACAAGAAUAAAAAUACAAAUGUGUGAUGAAUACCAUUUUUUCUUUUUCUCCAUCAUACAAAUAUGUAAACAAAACCAUUUACGAUUUCCGAGAUUAAGAUUCGACUAUUAAAAGUGCAGUAACAAUCAUAUACGACUGCAAAAAUGAAUAUACGAUUUCUACUAUUUCAUUCACUUCGUAUACGACGCAAGUGUGACGCAAACGAUCAAUAUACAACAUUGUUAUAGUUGUAUACGAUUUCACCGAUUUUCAUCAUACCUUUAGGUAGCAAGCGCGAUUUAGCAGAUUCAUAUACGAUGUGAAGCGACGAUUUCCACGAUUCAAAGAAAUCAUAUAUACGAUGCUAGGGAACUUGCAGCUUGACACUAAGAAUGUAUGUUUUUUAACGAUUCUAUCCGAUUCUGUGCGAUCCUACCGAUAGUAUCUCGCACCUUUUAUGGUCGGAGACGACUAUAUGAAACAAAAUCGCAAUUGAAAUUUAAUUUGGCUUGAAAUGCGAUUUUACGCAAUCAUUGUCAACAAAUAUACAUAUUAUUAUACAAUUCAGUUUCAAUAUAUGAAAAUAUACGAUUUUUCCCACACAAUGAUUUACGAUAUGUGGUUGGCUGGGGGGUAUCUAUCGAUCGGGCUUCAUGAGUAGAACUCAAAAAUGAAUAUCCGACGCUAUUUCGAAAUCCAAGAUGGCGGACCAUAUCCAAGAUGGCGGCCAUGGAAUGGUUGUUUGGUCUAUAAUACCAUGCAAUAUGGGUAUCUAUCGAUCGGGCUUGAUGUGUAGAAGUCUAAAAUCGAUAAUUGACGCCAUUUUGAAAUCCAAGAUGGCGGACCAUUGCGGCCACAGUAUGGUAGUA